ACUGAGAGUCCCUGCUGGAUUUUGAAAGUGGAGAGAUUUUCUCUUUAAGUGUAUCAUGUUUCAACCCUUUCUAAUUAAAAAACUCUGUAAACCUCAGUAACCUGGAAUGUAAACAUCAUUAUUUAGUAGGGAGUUAAAUUCAAGGCUGUCUCAAAUUGCCUGAAAACAUAAUUCCUUUUCAUCCCUUCAAGGCUACCUGGAACCUAAACAAAUUAGACUUUUUUCUCUUUGUUUAUUUUCUGUGAGCCAUUUUAUUGGUAGAGCAGGAGAUAGGUUAUUACCUGGGUUAACAAGCCCAGGGCCUCCGUGUCAAAGCUUAGACGACAUCUGUCUCGUGCCGGGUUGUUUAUUUAAGUGGUCCCCUCGUGCAGCUCUGCACCCUUCACAGUUUCCCCCUGCAGUUUGUUCUUAGUGUUCUUCCUCCCCUCGUGGCAGAUGUGAUCAUCUCCCCUCGCAGCCCAGAAGGCCUUCAUCUUCCUGGCAGUAAAUAAAGGAUUUAUUGUAUUCAAACUGUCAAAAUGCCAAAGACGACAAUAAUCGUGGCCUUGGCGCUGCUACUGUUGGCAUCUGUCGCCACUUUUGUGGGUGUUUUCUUUGGUGUUGGGGGAAGGACUCAAACGAGUGACCAUGUGUACCAGAAGGCAGCUGUGGCAGCAGAUGCCGGGCCGUGUUCAGUGGUCGGCAGAAACAUACUGCAGAAGGGGGGUUCUGCAGUGGAUGCUGCUAUAGCUGCUUUAUUAUGUGUCGGACUUAUGAACGCUCACAGUAUGGGCAUCGGAGGAGGACUUUUCCUCACCAUCUACGAUGCAACGACUGGGAAAGUUGAGACCAUUGACGCCAGAGAGACGGCACCACACAAUGCAACAGAGAACAUGUUUGGGAACAGUACAGAUUUAUCCCAGAGAGGAGGGUUGUCCAUUGCAGUGCCUGGAGAGAUUCGAGGUUAUGAGAUGGCACACCAACGGCAUGGCAAACUGCCUUGGAAAGACUUGUUCCAGCCCAGCAUUGAAUAUGCAGAGAAGGGUUUUCCUUUGGGCCGGGCACUCGCCACCGCUCUGUCAGGACACAAAGACACGAUCAUUAAGGACUCUGCUCUAUGUGAGGUGUUUUGUGGGCAAGAAGGAGACAUCCUAAAAGAAAACGACAAUAUAAAAUUUACCAAGCUAGCAGCUACCUACAGGAAGAUAGCCGAGGAGGGUCCUAAUGCUUUCUACAAUGGAGAGCUGGCCCAGAACCUUGUAGCUGACGUUCAGGCAGCAGGCGGUAUCAUCACAAUGGAGGAUCUGAAGGAUUAUGAGCCUGUCUUGGAUGAGCAGCCUUUAAGGGUGAAUGUGGGGGAGUACACCAUGGCUGUUCCCAAUGCCCCCGCUAGCGGCCCUGUGCUCUCGCUGAUAUUAAACAUCUUGAAUGGGUACAACUUAACUGCAGAUAGUGUGGCAACCACAGAGAAUAAGAUCCUAACUAAGCAUCGCAUCGUGGAGGCUUUUCGCUUUGCUUAUGCAAAGAGGACCUUACUUGGGGAUACGGAGUUCCUCAACAUCACAGAUCUCAUCCAAAAUAUGACUUCAAAUUUGUUCGCCGAUGGUAUCCGUAAAAAGAUCACAGAUGACACUACACAUCACAUAAACUACUACGAGCCAGAGUUCUACCUGCCUGAAAACCACGGGACCGCACACCUGUCAGUCGUAGCAGAAGACGGGAGUGCUGUGGCCGCCACCAGCACCAUCAACCAAUUUUUGGGCUCCAAAGUCAUGUCAAGAUCAACAGGGAUUCUUCUCAACAAUGAGAUGGACGACUUCAGCUCCCCGCUCAUCACAAAUGGCUUCGGAGUGCCUCCUUCACCCAACAACUUCAUCAGGCCAGGAAAAAGGCCAAUGUCCUCUAUGUGUCCAACCAUCCUCUUUGACAAUAACAACAGAGUAAAAAUGGUUGUCGGAGGCUCUGGAGGAACAAAAAUCACAACUUCUAUUGCUCAGGUGAUACUGAAUGCUCUGUUCUUCAACUACGAUCUGAAGAAAGCUGUGUCAGAUCCAAGGCUCCACAACCAGCUGAGUCCCAACACUACUGUAGCAGAGCCGGGCUUUGACAAAGACGUCUUGGAUGGUUUGGCACUGAAGAACCAUGAGACGGAAUUCCUCAAAUCUUCAGGGGCUGUGGUGCAGGCAGUGGUUCGCCAUGAUGACGGACUCCACGCUCAGUCUGAUCCUCGCAAGUGGGCGUACGCUGCUGGCUACUGAAGUCAUUAUACACACCGCCGACUGCACAGAAAGACUGUAGCUGGGUGAACCUUGACACCUUAGGCACAAGCUGUGAGAUAAGAGACUUAAUGGAGAACCAGGAACCACCGUCAGCUGUUUGGAUACGGCUUGUUAUCUACAACUUGUUCAUGUACUUAACAUGGAGUAACUCAGAUAACAGAACAAAGACUUAUUUCCCCUUAUGACAGGAAAACAAAGUGCCUUAGUCUGAGAUUAGCUCUUAAUAUUUACUCUUUAAUCUAAGUUUACUGUGGAAUUUAAAUUGAGAGCAGACGGCAGAAGAACUUGAAUAUUUUAAAUCAUUUUACUGUCAAUGAAGAACACUGUGUAAUGUCAUUAGUAUGAAAAAUAUUCUUAUUUAUGAAAUGCUUGUGUAAAUCAUUAGCAUUGUAGAGUUGCUUUCUGUUGUUGAGAUCCUCAAAAUAUGUUUUGUUGUGACCACAGAAAAACCCUCAACUCUUAAAGAAUGGAAAAACUCAACUCAGAACUAACAGAGAGACCUCAUAAAUCAGCAUUUAGCCAUUUUAAAAUUUAAUAUUUUACACCAGGAUCAUGUGAGGUGACAGGAAACAGAGACGAGAGAGAGAGAGCAGACAGAAGCUAUUGUCCAAAUAAAGGUCUAUAACACCUCAGGGACCAGCACUCCCACUUAAUGACUUACUGUAAUUUAGCACAACCCGGAGUGCAGUGGCCUAUAAUGACCCCAUAACAACAUUACAGCUGUUGCUGCUCACUGUCACUGCUGGGAUUCAGGGCUCAUCUCCUCUCAGCUGGAAUGUAAAUGUGUUUCAUAAUUACCGAGAUGUAAAACUGUGUAGAAUAAUAACGCUUUUACAACCUUUUUACUCCAGAUGAAUGGUUCAAAAGUGAUUACUAUAAUGUUGUUAGACAAGGUGGUUUAACUUUCACACUUGAUAGACAUAUAUUUAUUUAUAAUAAAAGGGUAAUCUCA